CUCGGAGGCAAGAUGAAGGAAGAAGAGCUCACUGUGGGGAAGAAGGCUUGCUUUAUUGAGUUCCUCUUUAGGAAGGCCCAGUUGCAGCUGUUUCAGAGCGGGUUGUGGAAAGCUGAGGAAGUUCAGAGGAAAAGGAUUUGCCUGCUGAGAUAUUGCUGCAGUUUUCCAAAAGUGGCUGGACUGCGACUAAACCCGUUUUCUCUGGGGCUAGUGCCGGGGAUUUGCUCUAGAAGAGCUGUGGCCCACUGCCUGGAGAGGGCCGUAACAUGCCUCUGUCCACCGAGAGGCGGCUCCGGGCUCCGUGCCCGGGAGAGGAGGGCUGUGAGAGGGGCGGGCCAGCCGGAGGGGCUGCCCUCCUCCCCUGUGGUGACGUUCCCGGUAGGGGCUCUGCUCCUUCCUAGGCGCCCUCGCAGUGGUCGGCUGUGGGUCCCAGGAGAUGCUGCUGCUGCUGCUGCAGCGGCGGCGGCGGCAGCCUGACUGCACUCUGCACAGCUGUUAAGGGCGCCCCUCAUCCUGGGGCCAUGCAGCCCUGGUAUGUGCAGCCCGGGGCGGCGAUUACCGCGCUCCUCACCGCAGUCUUGGCUUGGCCGCGGGAAGGAGGGGGCCGGCUCCUGAGUGCUUCGGACUUGGACCUCAGAGGAGGGCAACCAAUCUGCCGGGGAGGGACCCAAAGGCCGUGCUAUAAAGUUGUUUACUUCCACGAUGCCUCCAGAAGGGUCAACUUCGAUGAAGCCAGCCUGGCUUGCCGCAGGGAUGGAGGCCAACUAGUCAGCAUUGAAUCUGAAGAUGAACAGAGGUUGAUAGAAAAAUUCAUUGAAAACCUCUUGGCUUCAGAUGGAGACUUCUGGAUUGGUCUCCGAAGGCGUGAGGAGAAACUGAGCAACAAUAGCACAGCCUGCCCAGAUCUAUAUACAUGGACAGAUGGCAGCACAUCCACAUUUCGGAAUUGGUAUGUGGAUGAACCUUCCUGUGGAAGUGAGGUCUGUGUUGUAAUGUACCACCAGCCAUCAGCCCCAGUGGGCAUCGGAGGCCCCUAUAUGUCUCAGUGGAAUGAUGACAGAUGCAACAUGAAGAACAAUUUCAUCUGCAAAUAUUCGGAGGAGAAACCAAUACUCGCUGCUACUUCUGCAAUAUGGAAUCAUUUACCUGGAGGUGAUAAAAUAGAACCAGUAACUCCAACAUCUCCCGAAAGAUAUCUGAAAGAAGAUACUAAUGGAACAGUUAAAGAAACCAAAGGGGCAGAUUUGAAUCUUGCCUACAUCCUUAUUCCCACCAUUCCCCUCUUCCUUCUUCUGGUGGUCACCACAGUCAUCUGUUGGUUAUGGAUCUGUGGAAGGAGGAAACGAGAACAGCCGGAGAACACAAAGGAGCCGAACAUUUGGCCGCCUCCCCAUAGAAGGAACAGUCCUGACCUGGAAGUUUACAAUGUCAUCAGAAAGCAAAGCGAAGCGGACUUAACUGAGCCUCGGCCAGACCUGCAGAACAUUUCAUUCCGGGGCCGCUCGGGAGGAGCCGCUCCCAACGACUUGUCUUGCGACUACGAUAACAUAGCAGUGAACGCCUCGGAGAGCGGCUUUGUGACUCUGGCGAGCAUGGAAAGUGGCUUUGUGGCCAACGAUAUCUAUGAACUAUCUCCUGAGAGGAUGGGGAGGAGCAAGGAGUCUGGCUGGGUAGAAAAUGAAAUCUAUGGUUAUUAGAUAAUGGGGGGAGUCUGAACGAACAACAAAAUAAAAAAGAAAAAAAUGUUCCUACUUUGUAUAAAACUGGCAGGACUGGAAAAGAGCUGAUGCCUGAGCACGUGGGUGGAUCUGUCGUCUCAUCCAUAGGGGGACUCCCUCCAGCCCUGAAGAGCUCUCCUUCACUGUGCUUGUUCCUCCUGGGAGAGUGUUGCUCAUCUCCUCCCUUCAAUCUGCCAGAGGGGGUCCCCCUAACAGGGCAGGGACCUUGUUCUGGUUCUCUUGGCAUUGUAAGGAUAGCAACAGAGCAUGCAAACUGUACACGGGUGACAUAGCUCUUCCUAUGUGGCCAGCCAUUUUUUUUUCAUCAUACAUUUCUCUGAUAACAUCUUUUGCACUGCUUUCCCUGCACAAUUACCUAUUUGUCCUUUGUUGCAGAUUGCUCAUGACCAUACUGUGUAUUUCUCCCCUUCUCUUUUGUGUGAUCUGAAACUUUGAUGUUUUGGAGACUUUACACAAAAUUCCAUAACUCAUAGUACCACGAGGCGAAUGAUAGUGUUUAAAAGGUGGGCCUUUGUUUCAGGGAAAAGCUCAGGGUCAAUUAAAAGAAGAGUACAAUUUUCCAAAGUCACCUCCCCUCAUAGGACCAGCUCAUUUUCCAUUUGCAUUGUUUGUCCAAGAUACAUCUACUUAUGGAUGACUUCUGUUAUCCACAGGUUAUCACAAUUCAGACAAAGGGCAAUUUUUAUCCACUGGGUUUUUCCUGUAUGGGUAGUUAAGUCACAGGCUUUUGAAUGAAAACAUUCUAGACCUUUAUGCUAUCAGCAGAAUGAUGCCCAUAAAUGCAAGCAUCUAGAGGACCUUAUCAUCUAAUUUGGAAGCUGUGCUAAAUAUCCUCUGUGUUGGUGGCAAAUACCCUUGGCAAGCAUAAAUCUCCUGGUUCAUGCUUUGCUUGAUAUAAAUUGCCCAGUCACUGAACAAUGUUAUUUCUGUUAUUACAAAUUUCAAGAAAUCUUGGAUGAUUUUGACAAAUGCAUGGUGCCUAGCAUGAUGAAAAUCAGUUCAGAUGCAGAAAUAAUGAGGGGAUUUCUUUCUGGCUGUCAAGAUUUUUUUAGCUCCCCUGAUCCCAGGGUCUCCUACCAGCCUGGGUCCCAACCUCAUCUUAAUUAGAGGGUAAUAAUGAUAGUGAAAGAGAGUAGAGGUUGGAAAAAUUUCCCUCUGGGUUCUAUUUUUGCGGCACUGGGCCAUGGCACAAAAAUUAAUUGCACGUAUACAAUCAUAAAAAUACCUUACAUUCGCUUGCUGCCUCUCUUAUGUUCCCCAGGGCAUAUGUGGGAGUAUCAGAACCUGAUUGUAUGAGAGAAUAUUCCAUUAUCUGUAUGUCUCACAAGAAUGAGAAUGAAAUAAAAGGUGAAAGAGAUAGCAAA